GUCCUUCAGCUCGACAUUUGCAAGUUCACUACAAUGUCAAGAGACCUCAACCCCCUCCUGCUGGCCCGGAUGAUCCACGAAAUCUUCUCGAGCUUCGACAAGAGCGUCGUCACCCUCCAGCUCUACAAGAUGGACACCAUCGGAGACGCGUACAUAGUGGCCGGGUGGCUGCCUGACGGCGACGACUGGCAGACCAGAGACGAGACGAAGACGACCUGCCUGCUUGUGCUCGACCUCGCUCGCAAGAUGAUCUCCACUCUCAAGAGGUACAACGAGUCUCGCAGGCAUCAGCUCAACUGCAGGAUCGGCAUCGGCAUCGGCGACGUUGCCUGCGGGCUGCUGGGCAGGUCGCAAGCUCGCUUCCACCUGCUCGGAGACGCGGCGAACCUGGCGGAGCAGCUGGAG